CACAAUCACGGUGACUUGUUGUUUGUACAAGGAAGUGUUGCAUUAUCUCCAUAUAACUUGUAAAUUUUGUGCUUAUUGAGCUAAUUUGGUGUUGAUUAGCUCACUGAAUGAAUAGAGACUUUAUUGGACUCUUCAGAAAGCCUGGGCUUGCAUAUCAACUGAAUCGAGCGUUCAGCCAAAUCGGAUGUGCCAUGAUCAUGAUGAAUUCUCAAGAGAAGUACACGUUGUUCUUUGGGAAGGAUUCCCCGUUCAGUCAGCAUUAUCCGUGCAACUUCAAAAUUGGGAGUGUCACCUAUAACUGUGCGGAGCAGUAUAUGAUGCAUCAAAAAGCAGUUGUGUUUGGCGAUCAAGACAUGGCAAAGAAGAUCUUGGCGACAACUGAUCCAAAACAGCAGAAAAAAUACGGACGAAAAGUUCAAAAUUUCAUCAAGGAUGUUUGGAAUCAGAAAAGUCUGGAGGUCGUGAAAGAGGCUUCGAUGGCCAAGUUCUCUCAGGAUGCUUUGCUAUCACAGGCACUGAGGGACACUGAAGGGACUGUUUUGGUUGAGUGUAGUCCACGGGAUAGGUUGUGGGGUAUCGGCCUUGGCAAAAACAAUCCCAAGGCCCAUGUUAAGAAGAACUGGAGGGGGAAGAAUUUGCUGGGCUACGUCCUUACAGAAGUUCGGGAUGCGCUGUUGAAAAAAGACACUGAUUUGAGCGAUGGGACUGUUAUGCAGUCACAACGUGUGGACCAAGAGAGUUCUGAGAUUGAUACAAAGAAUACUGCAAAAAGAAAAGAUAUUGCUGAGUCAGUUGCUAAAGGGACUGAAAAUAAAAGUAAGGGUGGGCUGGGGAAGGGUGGGAAAAAGGGGAAAAUAAUUCCUGUAACGCCUACUAAAGAUAAAAUUGUGUCCGAGAUUGUCGACUCUAAAAACACAAAACUUGAUGGGAAUAAAUUGGACCAAGUGGACAUCGGGAUGUACGGCGUCGUAACGGAUGCUAACCCUGAUUCUGAUGGGGACACGAAGACAGUUGAUAAAUGUUUGGGGGCGUCAGGUUCGUCUUGCAUGGUAGCAGAAUCUGAGCCAGAUCUCGGUGAUGUUGCCAUGGAAACGGACGAGGCUUCCGAUACGAAGCGUCGCGGGAAAGUUAGAAAGGCCGACAGUUCUGAUGAUGAUGAUUAUCAACACCCGUCUAAGAAAAAUAAGGUCUGUUGACAAUAUUGUGCCAUAUCAGAGUUGUUAAAAUUUGUCACCUGAUGCAAUAAAUAUAAGCUUGUUAAUUUUGAUGUAACUUUUGUUGUCUCUGAAUU